ACAUACAUAGGAAUAGAGUUUGUUGGAUCGGGGUUACAGAGUUUUGUUGCGAGUGAAACCAUCUGGAACAGAACAUUAGCUGCUUACUUUGACGAACACAAAACAAAACAAAACAAAACAAAACAAUACGAUGAAGAAUAUCUUCUCCAAGAAACCCAACCCAAAAGAGGUUCUUCGUGAGAGUAAACGAGAAAUGGCAAAUGCCACUAGAGGCAUUGAAAAGGAAAUUGGAGCAUUACAACUCGAAGAAAAGAAGCUAGUUGCUGAGAUAAAGAGAACUGCUAAGACGGGAAAUGAGGCUGCGACUAAAAUUCUAGCGCGCCAGUUGGUUAGGCUUAGGCAACAAAUUGCUAAUCUUCAAGGUAGUCGAGCUCAGAUGAGAGGCAUAGCAACUCACACACAGGCAUUGCAUGCUCAGUCUUCUGUUGCUGUUGGCAUGAAAGGUGCCAGUAAGGCAAUGGAAGCUAUGAAUAAGCAAAUGGCACCUGCAAAGCAAGCCAAAAUUAUUCAAGAGUUCCAGAAACAAUCAGCAAAAAUGGAUAUAACUACUGAAAUGAUGUCAGAUGCCAUAGAUGAUGUAUUGGAUAAUGAUGAGGCUGAAGAGGAGACUGAAGAUCUGACAAAUCAGGUGCUCGAUGAAAUCGGCGUGGACAUUGCUUCACAGUUAUCAGCAGCUCCAAAAGGAAGCAUCAAAACAAAGAAUGCUGAAAAUGUUAGCAGCUCGGACAUUGAUGAGAUUGAGAAGCGAUUAGCAGCUCUUAGAAACCCAUAACUUUUUGUCUGGGAUUUUAAUUCUCAAACUCAGUUGUAAUCUAUAAUUCUUUUCAGAACUCCAUAGUUUUCUUGGGAUUUCAGAAGUCCAAUGUGUAUAUCCUCCUUGAAGUUUUUGAUGUAUUUUACUAUAAAUUUUCACAUGCUCGGCUUGGGCAAUCUAGUGGAGUGGAUUCGAAAUUGAGACAGACAA